ACUUCAAACUCCCGCAGAACAAACACCCCCUUAUUGUUAUACGUAAUCGAGAAAGAAUUGAUUCUUCAAACAUUCCAUAUACCCAUAGCGCCGAGCUCAAAAACCCCUCUUUCCCCUUUCUCUCUUCUCUCUCCAGCGGGCAGCGGGCAGCGGGCAGCGGGCAACGGGCAACCUUCUUCAAUGGCGGAAGAAGAGGAAGUAAGAAUGGAAGUAGAAGCUGCAGAAGCCGUUUAUGGCGAUGACUGUAUCAUCCUCAACAGAUUUCCUCCACACCUUCAUCUCCACAUCAAACCUCGUACCGCCGACGUCGAUUCUCAACAGUUUGUGGAAGCAACUAUUGAGUUACGGGCUGGUCCGCAGUAUCCCAGUGAUACACCUUAUGUUGGUAUUAUAGGUUCUAAAGGACUUGAUGAGAAAAGGCAAAAGCAUCUGAUCAGUGGUUUACAUGACAAGGCUGAUGAACUAACUUCUUGUUCAAUGCUUGUUGCACUUUGUGAGGAAGCAGUGGAAAUACUUACCAGCAUGAACCAUCCUGAAGGUGACUGUCCAUUGUGCUUAUAUCCUUUGGUACCAGAAGAUAAGAACAGUGAAGCCCAGCCAUUUAUGAAGCUAAUGUCUUGCUUUCACUGCUUCCACUGUGAGUGCAUUGUAAGAUGGUUGAAAUGGAUCCAGAAACAGAAUGAAACCUGCCGUGGAACCUCAAGUACUAAGUCAUCUACCGUUGAUGAAGAAAAUGAUCUGGUUUCAGAUUUAUGCAAAGUGAUGGGAAAUAGUACAGGAAACUGUCCUGUCUGUCGUAAAGUCUUCCUUGCCAAGGACAUUGAUCAUGUGCUCAACUUGGUUGGUUCUCAUGAUGCAGAUUCGGAUGUUUAUGAGAAAGAACUCGUGGAGAAAGUCCUCCAAUGUGAUCUAGAGACCAGUAGAAGACAGAAGUUUGAGACAAUCUUGGAGCUGCAACAACAGUAUGGUGGCUUGAUUGAACCCCCUAAAGACAAUGUAUUGUUUUCACGCCUCUCUCUUCAAGAGUUGGUCAGGGAGGAUACAGAGGUUACGAAUGGAGAAGCCAAUGAGCAACAGCAUAACAAUCAAAUAGUCAGAGAAGAACCAGAGUCAAGUAGUUCCACAAAUCGGUCCCGUGAAACAAGGAAGCAACAUCAAAGAGGUCACACCGUAGUGGUGGAGCCUACAUCAAAUGGUCCUUCAACUAGGCCUAGUGCUGGGCAGCGCAGGCAUUCUGGUACUAGAAGACAUAGUAAGAAUUAUCCUAGAUGGCAACCCAAGCCGACUCCUGGGAAGGAAUAAGAUAUAUGUGGUUUAGGUACCUUUUUCCUACUCUGUUCCGAUGGCUGUUGGGAAAAGCCUGUAAUACAGUAUAGGUAUUUAUCUAUGUGCAUAGGUUUUGUCGAUAAGAAAAGAGAAUCGAAAUUGUUCUGUGAUGAGUUCAUUUUUACUUAUUUUUGGCUCCUGUUUUUGUGUUUCACCCUCCAGCUUCUAGUAUUUGUUGGAGCUGAGUGGAUGAAAGUUGGAACAAGAGUGUAUUUACCAUUUUGUUGGAUUUGGAAUGAAGGGUUCGCGUUCUUCUGCGUUAUACAGCAGAAAAUUGCUUGGUACCCUUUGGGUGUUAAUUGUUGAAUGGUUUAAAUUUU